AUGGUGGACAAAGAAAAGGAAGAGCCAAGUAGAGCCACGCACAGAGUGGAAAAAAUAAUUGCACAUGCUGAAUUUGAUACAGAAACUUUCGACAGUGACAUAGCCCUUCUCAAAUUAGAGGAACCUAUCACAUUUUCUGAGGAUGUUGUCCCAGCAAGCCUUCCAGAAGAAGACUUGGCUAACAACGUUCUGAUGAACCAAACAUUUGGAAUUGUCAGUGGCUUUGGAAACACGUUUGAACGUGCGCGGCGGGUCAAAAGAAUGAAAGUGCUUCAAAACCUUUUUGUGGACAGGGACACUUGCAAGCUCGCCCUUCGUAGCCCAGUCACGGAAAACAUGUUCUGUGCUAGUUGAGAUAAAGAUGGAAAAGAUGUCUGCCAAGGAGAUGGAGGAGGCCUCCAUGUAACGAAAUACAAUGGCACUUAUUUUGUUACUGGUAUCAUCUGGGGAGAAUGGUGUGGAAGGCGAGGGAAAUAUGGAGUAUACACCAACUUGUCAAAGUUCCUACCCUGGCAAAGAAGUGUUUUGACAGAAAACUCUUAA